CGAUUCGUACGCGAUUUUUGUGUUGACGCGAUUUUUGGUUGUUACGUUUCCUCGCGGUCGAUUCUUGUUUCUUUGUUUCGUCGGAUUUUCGCGUGUGCAGCGACGAGGCGAAACUAAUCAUACAUAAUCAUACAUUUUCGUGGAGCAAAAACACACGGCAAUUUUUUAAUAUAUAAAAAAAAUGAAAUAAAAAACACCAUAGAGGCAAACAAAAAGUUCCCCAAACAAAUCAAUUGAACGAAAAAGGAGCAAAUAAAUCCACGUCUACGAUUUUAUUGCUAUUGUUUUUUAUUGGAUGGUCAUGGCCUUUGCAAUCAAGGUGUCAGUGAUGACACCCACAACUUUUGUGUCUUGGUGCUAGGAUCAGCUUUUGGACAGCUUGGUAGAUAGCAACUGGAGCCACCUCAACCUGGAUACGGACUACACUGACACUGAGAAAAACUGCAUACAAUAAACACAUAUCCGAGGUAGAUCGUGGCCAGGCCGAAGAAGGUAAUCUGAUGGUUGUGGCUUGCGAAGAUGCCUUCAGCGAACACGGAAGACUUGCGGCGAAAGUUUCUAGUAGUGCAGCAGCAGCGCUCGGCACCGCCGAAUCUGGCUGGAGACAACCUGCCGUCGGCGAUUCCCCAUGCCAGUGCCACCUCAGCCCCCACCAGCCUGAUGAUGACGACGUCCACGGGACUGGGAGGACUGACAGUAGGAGCCGGAGAGCCCGAGCGAACCUAUGUCUUUCCAGGCGGCAAUCCGUUAGUAGGUAGCGCCCCUGGUGGAGGACAGGGCAUUCCCGGAGUGGCGAUGGCGGCUCCUUCGAGGGGUCAUGCCCGCUCGAUAAGCCAUGGCGGAGGAGCCAUCGUUGGAGCCAAUGGACGACCCAUAAAGUCCGCCAUGAAAGGCCACCAACGGGCUUUUUCGCAGGGUCAAAUCACAGACUCACCGCCAGGAAGUGCUGCGCCCGCGGGCAGAGGUCAUAGUCGCGUUGGAUCCAAAACUGAUUUCAUCCUGCCACCGGGACACAAGGAGGAACCGGCCAGGGAACCCUCAGCGCCCACUUCAGCAACCGGGGGGCGUGGCCAUUCGCGGCAAGCCUCGCGAUCCGAAUCUAUAUACACACUCCGGCGUACUGAAGCGCCGCCCUGGUGGAAACGCCUCAGCCUGUGCAAUUACAACACCAGCGAUAAGUUCGAGGAGCGGAGUUACCGAAUGGUGGUGCCCAAUCACACAGUGCCGCCGAAAACUCCUAAGAGGGAUCACCCCAACGGACAGUUUGUGGGCAACAAGAUACGGACGACGAAGUACACACUGCUCUCCUUUAUACCGAAGAACCUGUUGGAGCAGUUCCAUCGAGUGGCCAAUUUGUACUUCAUCUUCAUCGUCCUGCUCAACUGGGUGCCGGAAAUCAGCGCCUUUGGCAAGGAGGUGGCAAUGAUCCCGGUGCUUUUCGUCCUGGGAGUGACGGCUGUAAAGGAUCUUUUCGAGGAUCGGAGGAGAAGAGCGUCUGAUAAGAGAAUAAACAACACCACCUGUCGGGUGUAUGAUGGAGAGACGGAACGGUACAAGAAGGUGAAAUGGCAGGACCUGCGUGUUGGGGACAUUGUCCACCUGUCCAACAACGAGACGGUGCCGGCGGACAUUCUGCUAUUGCGGACAAGCGACACCCAAGGGGUCUGCUACAUAGACACCUGCGAUUUGGACGGGGAAACGAAUCUGAAGCGUCGCGAGGUUGUACGUGGCUUUGAAGAGUUGCAGAGCAUUUUUGUGCCCAGCAAGUUUGUGAGUCGCGUGGAAGCGGAUGCGCCGACAACGAAGCUAUAUAGAUUCCAUGGGGCCUUAAUACAUCCAACUGGGGAGCGUGUGCCCAUAUCGACCGAGUGCCUUUUGCUGAGAGAGAGCAGACUGAAGAAUACGGACUAUAUCGAGGGUAUCGUGGUCUAUGCGGGACAUGAAACGAAGUCAAUGCUGAAUAACAGUGGUCCAAGGUACAAGCGCUCCCAGGUGGAACAGCAAAUGAAUAUUGAUGUGAUAUGGUGUGUGAUAAUUUUGUUGAUACUGUGCGUUGUUGGCGCCAUCGGCUGCAGAAUGUGGCUGAGCUCGUUUACCAACUUCCCAGUGCCCUAUCUGCCGGUGGAUAAUCUUAAUCCCAAUCUUGAAAGCUUGUGGAUAUUCUGGACGUACAUCGUCAUCCUGCAGGUGAUGAUUCCUCUAUCGCUGUACGUGACCAUCGAGCUGUGCAAGAUCCUACAGGUCUUUCACAUCCACAACAACGUUGAUCUAUACGAUCAGGAGACAAAUAAGCAGACGGAAUGUCGGGCGAUGAAUAUCACCGAGGAGCUGGGACAGAUCCAGCAUAUAUUUACUGAUAAAACUGGCACUCUCACUGAGAACAAGAUGAUCUUUCGACGCUGCGUUGUGAACGGGUCGGAUUACAAUCAUCCGCCUUCGGAGCUGGAAAAGAUGUACACUAAGCCAGGAGCACCAGCUCCGCCGCUGACACCGAAUGAAAACUUAAAUAAUGACAUGACACAAUUCACACAAGGGGCGUAUCUUACUCCCCAUGCGCAACGCAUUCAGGAGUUUCUGGUGGUGCUGGCCAUCUGCAACACGGUCAUCGUGGGUGCCGCUCCCCAUCGGGAUCUGAUGAAUGCCAGCGGGAUUAUCGAGGUGCAGCAAAUGGGCAGUAGUCCGGCGAACCUAAAGCACGGCAAGCAGCGACAAAAGCUGCUGGCCACCAGUACUACGACAACAACGACAACCAUAUUAAAUGGGCCAGUGAUACAGCAGCAGCCCGUAUCCAUACCAGCAGACCGUUAUAUCCGGUUGGCAGAAUCACGAUCAGUGACUCCCUCUCCGCCGCCCAAUCUGCUUUUUGCCCUGCCAGCCCAAAGUCACCAACCCACUCUUUCGCCCAUCAGCAGUUCGGCAGAAUCUUCACCGAAUUCCGAGUCUGAGUCACCCUCACCGCCGAUGAAGAACAAGAGCCUUUCCAACAGUAUUUCGCCUACAGGAAGGGCCAAGGCAGUCAUCAACUCCAAGAUUACCAGUUUGGCAACCUUCUUGAAUACGCGAACUCAGGGAAAGCGCUUGAAGCUACCCUCAUCCAAAACGGAGACCAUUUACAGAACCGCCGAUGGACGACCUCUUUACGAAGCCGAGAGUCCCGAUGAAUUGGCCCUGGUGAAUGCUGCCUAUAGCUAUGAUUGUUGUCUGCUAAAUCGUAGUGCCAACCAAAUUUUGGUCAGCAUGCCCAUGGGGGGUGCCACGAAAGAGUAUGAGAUACUCAAAGUACUGCCCUUUGACUCCAGUCGCAAGUGCAUGUCCAUUGUGGUUCGGCAAAUUGGCACCCAGGAGAUAGUGCUGUACACCAAGGGUGCGGAUAGUUCCAUCAUGCCUGUACUGGCGCCCUGCUCGCAUAACAGUCCCGAGGGGAUUUUGCGAGAACAGACGCAGCAAGAGUUGGAUCGCUAUGCCCGCGAGGGUCUGCGUAUCUUAGUGAUGGCCAAGAGGACCCUGAACUCUGCUGACUAUACGGAUUGGUGGGCUCGCCAUCAGGAGAUUGAGAUGUCGCUGGAGAAUCGCGAGCGAAGACUGCGCGACUCUUUCGGAAAGCUAGAAAGCAAUCUGACCCUGUUGGGGGCAACAGGUAUCGAGGAUCGCCUGCAAGAAGGAGUGCCAGAGACGAUAGCAUCACUACUCUCAGCGGGCAUCUCAGUUUGGGUUUUGACAGGCGAUAAACCCGAAACGGCCAUAAAUAUUGCCUAUUCCGCUAAACUAUUCACUCAGCAAAUGGAGCUCAUCAGGUUGACAGCGAGAUCCCGCGAUGCAGCUGAAACAGCUAUAAAUUUCUAUCUGACUGACAUGGAGAAUGACAAGACAACAUCCACUUUGUGCUAUGGCCAGACGAUUAGAAAGAAACAGCGCGCAUUGGUGGUGGAUGGAAAGACGCUAACCUUUAUUCUAGAUCCCAAGUCCAAACUGAUUCUGCCGUUUUUGCGGUUGUCGAAGAGAUGCGCUUCGGUACUCUGUUGCCGCUCCACGCCCCUGCAGAAGGCAUACCUAGUCAAAGUGGUUAAAGAGGAGCUCAAUCUGCGAACCUUGGCCAUUGGUGAUGGAGCCAACGAUGUGUCCAUGAUCCAAAUGGCCGACGUGGGCGUUGGAAUCUCUGGUCAGGAGGGCAUGCAAGCUGUGAUGGCAGCCGACUUCACUCUGCCCCGCUUUCGUUACCUGGAGCGGUUACUUUUGGCGCAUGGUUAUUGGUGCUACGACCGAUUGUCCCGCAUGAUUUUGUACUUUUUCUAUAAGAAUGCUGCCUUUGUCUUUCUGAUAUUCUGGUACCAGUUGUAUUGCGGGUUUUCUGGAUCCGUGAUGAUGGAUCAAAUGUACUUGAUGCUGUAUAAUUUGAUAUUCACCUCGCUGCCGCCUUUGGCCAUUGGAGUGUACGACAAGCGUGUGCCCGAAGAUCUCCUUCUAAAAAAUCCAUAUCUUUAUAAAAAUGGUCGACUAAGCGUAGCUUAUAGACCGCACGACUUCUGGCUGAUAUUACUGGAUGCCCUCUAUCAGAGCCUGGUUAUAUUUUUCGUGGCGCUGUGCGCCUAUGCGGAAAGCGAUGUGGGGAUCUGGGAGUUUGGUACGACGAUAACGGCGUCCUGUCUGUUCGCCAAUCUCGUGCACUGUGCCAUUGAAAUACGUUCCUGGACUGUGCUGCAUGUCUUAUCCAUAGUGGUUAGCUUAGGUUCCUUCUACCUCUUUUCGAUUGUGUACAAUUCAAUUUGCGCGAAUUGUUUCGGAGUGCUUUCCACGUACUGGGUGAUCUUUGUGUGCUUCUCCUCUGCUCUCCACUGGCUGGUGAUACUGCUCUCCACAGUGGUGGCUGUUCUGCCACGCCUGCUUCUGACCACAGUGCGUAUCUCGCUGUGUCCCGACGACAGCACCAAAGUUAUCCUGCAAAGCAAACGUGAACGCAGCAGAGGUGAGGGUUUGUUAGUUACUUGGUCGCGCUCCACGUCAGCCUCAUCAAUCUAUAGAAUCACCGAUUAUGGGUCUAAGAAUCAGAUUAUAACAACGAUUACCUGAUCGAGCGCCAAUAUGCAAUUCCUCGGCUAUCUCAGCAGUAACUAGGAUAAGGAAACACAACUAGCAACCCCUUAAACUUGUACACAUGUGCUUUCACUUUAAUUAUGUGGCCUUCGACACCGAUUAUUAAUAAUAUUGCAUUAGUUUAGUUGAUCCACUUUGUUCCGUAUGUUCCGAGAGAAAUUAGCUUAAAUGUACUUAGUGACCAAUUGAAAUAAUUUGUUUAGUGAAUGAUUUGUUGAAGACGCGCUUAGGGGUCCAACUUAACUUCAGAGUUUUCCCCUAACGCUAGAAAGAAAGCAAUUGCAGUUGCACAAUUGCACUUAUGUCAUAGUUUACAUAUUUAUUUGUAUAUAAGUAGAGAGUUAGUGCACUAGAACCGAACCCAACCUAACCGACUAUUGUUAAACAGAACCGAAAAUACAAUGAUAAUUCAUGUGGGUACAAUGUACGAAUAUUUAAACUAGCGACUAUUAUAUGUAUCACCCUAACAGAAAUACUUGACAAUUCAAACACAACAGAACUCCAUUGCGAGUUCGAUGAAAAGGCUGUGAUUCUACACUCAUGAAGGAUAUACCUAAGCAUAAGAUAUAUAUACACAUACCUAUAGACAUAGACUUGUACGUUAGUUGCAUUGAUUCAAGUAUUGACAGAAUUGUUUCUCACCUUCUGUUUCUUAGUUUAUUGUGUGAACAAGUGAAUUUUUUACUUUUUUAUUGAGACCAUGCGAUGACAAGUGGUAAUAAUCGAUUGUUGUAAUCCAUUAGUUGUACUAAACCAUUUACUCUACUUGUAGUCCUCUUCAAAAAGAAUACGAAACUCUAAAUGCAAUUCGAAAUUAACCUAAUACGUUAACAGGAAAGAUAUAAGAGAGCAAAACUCGUUAGCUGAAUAUUUACAUUGUUGAAAAGCAAGAAAUCAUUAAAUGAAAUAAAUGUAUAUUUAC